CUGUUUGGUAAAAGUAAGGUUUUGGGCUUUACAUUUAAAUAAAAGCUGUGUCUUAAAAGUCGUUUGUUUUUUAAAUAAAUAAUAAUAAUGAAUGUUGAAAAGAAGAAUUUGAUUUUGACUCCUGACGAGGAAAAUGAAGAGAAUAGUAUUAGCAGAAGCACUCGGACUAAGUGUAAAAUAAACAGACUUAAGAGAAGUCCAAAACAAACCCAGACUCUUCCAAAAUCUCAACCCAAAUCAAAAAAUAACAACUUUACAGCCCAAGCAGAUUUUAAAACGCCAACUCGUGUACCACCAGCCAGAUUCAGGACCCCUUUAACAGAUGAGUCUCCAAACAAUGAUGCUGAAUUUCAGCAUGAAAUUAUUUGGGAUUCAACAUCACCUGCGACUCCUAUUAGACCUGGUCGAGGCAGCAGGAGGGCAGCAUGUUUCAGAUCCGUAGACAUAUCAGACCUUGUCAACCGGAUUGCUCCACAAGACAGGAGACCUGAGGAGGCAGAGACCUCUUUGCUGCAGUGGAUUGGGGACACAGCCAUUCCUUGCACUCCAGAGGUUCCAGAGCCCAGGCCCAGGUCCAAAUCAACACGACAAAACACUGUGGACAACCUGCUGAGAUUAGCAAAACAGUUUGACUUCAACAUGAUACACCAGGAAGAGGCAUGUCUCCAGCCGCAGAAAUCUGUGGAUGUCAUUGGUGAGGACCAGGAACUAUUUUUCAACGAGGAUGAGCCACCAGCUCCACUGCAUAAUGACUCUGAAACUGUAUUGGAUUGUACUGAAGAGGUCAAAACUAACAGUGAUGAUUCUAUGGUUUUUGAUCUGGGAAUGGAAAACGAUCUGGAUUUGCUGUUUGAUGUCUCGACGCAGCAAGUGAGCACUGCUCUAAGCCCAGUUUUAAAUGAUUGUUCUCAGGAUGUGGCUGAAAUCGGCUUAGACGUUUUAGAUUUUGAUGUAGAUGAAAAUCUUGAUGCUCAUACAAAACAAUGCAGCAGUUUUGCUGCUCGAUUUGGCGGAACCAGAGAAUCGGCGGCCACUAAUGGAAGUAUUGCUAUGCAAGCAGUUGCCAACUUCCAGAAGGUGUGCAGCACUGAUGAUUUUGAUGAUGAUUGGAGCAACGAUGACUUACUGGAGGAUUCACUGGUGAUGGAGAUGACCCAAAACCCAGAGCUAUUCUCUGCACCUCAAAACAGCUCAAUACAAAAACUGACAAGAGUAAAUAGAAAUGCAGAGCGCAGUCCUUACAGAAGCAUGAACAGCUUUGCAAAUAGUGCAAAUCACAAUCUAGCUGCUAACUUAAAAUACAGCACAACACAAGGGCCUAAUCAGACACUGAAAGGCAGCCAGAGCUUACAUCAGGGGAACAGAUCUGCAGGAACUGUGUAUAUUACACAACAAGGAUUCCCUUCCAAGAGUAAUCAGCAACAGCAGGAUUGUCCUUCAAAUAAAAUCCUGUCAGUAGUUUCUGGUUCAUUAAACUUGAAUCCAAACCUACCCAGUGUAUUAAUGGCUACUUACCAACCAACAAAACCAGCAGAAAUGCAGAAACCAGCAGGAACAACCAGCACUGGGUCUGCACAGACAGUUCAAUUGUUGACUAAAACGUCAUUAGUUUCUAAGUCGUCCAAUCCAGUUCAGUCCAGUCUCCAACCCAAUAAAAACAUCAAAGUGACUGAUGAAAAAGAGAACUCCCCAAUGGCUGAUGAUGGUGACAUCGCAGUUGAGGAUCUGGACUCUAUAUUUGCCUCGGAUGACAUUUGGGAUGAUGGGGCAGACGAUGAUGACUUGUUCUGUGAAGCAUGUGAAAAAGUGGAGGAAUUCAUUACUGAACCAGAAACACCAAAAACAAUCUUCCCAAAACCAACCUCACAGAGCAACCAAACGCUUCUAAAUAGGAUAAUGGUCUCCUCUAAUGGUCGAAAUGCCACAACAACCAUGAACAAAUCUGAUCAAGAUAAGGUGUUUGUGCAGCCACAAAACCAUACAUCAUCUAGUACCCAAAAACAGGUCCUUUCUGGAGGAAUCUCACACAACUAUAAUAACACAUCAGUAGAAAAUACAGUAAACAACAGCAUGAUGAAGACAUGCAACUCAUCAUCUAAAGGACAAUAUAAGUUUAACCACAUUAAAAGUACACCAGGAAUAAGCAGUGCAGCCUACAAUGUCAGAAUGCAGCAGCAGGUUUGCCAGAUAGGUGCUUUGACCUCCCACCAAUCAGCUCCAAAGAUUUUGGAUGACGACCAGUUUAAAAAGCCUUACAGCACCUUUAAUGCCAAACCAGCAAAUUUUAAAGGUGUUGGAAAAUGCAGUGAAGCUGAGAUUGAGAUGAAAAAGCAGCAGGCCAUAGAAAGGCGGAGACUACGAAUGCUGGCUAGUCAGAACCUUGAAGCUCCAACAUGAUGUCGUUUGUAAUGGAGAUGCACCAAAAAAUCCUACUUAUGACAAGGUCGAAAGUCAUAAGAGUGCAUAUCGGUGGGAGUCAUUUUAAACUUAUUGUUGCUUGUCAUCAAGCUGUAUAGGAAGGCUGACAUCAACAUCAGUCUAAUCAGGUGCUUGUAAGUUUUAUUGCUUUGAUGCACAACUGAUCUGUCUCUCUGGCACUUUAAGUCUAUUGCUUAGACACCCUGUUUGUAUUAAACUGUUUUUUUUUUAAACUACACAGAGAGACAACAAUAUUUAUUGGUUUGGACUGUUUUAAUUGUUUAUUAAAAUGAUAGUAAUA